UCCACGCAACGAUCGACCAAUAAGAAAACGACAUCUUGUUCGUGGUACGGUGAGCACAUUCAUGUACUGUACAUAUACCGGCAGUACGCCCACGCAUCAAGUACAGCGCAGUAUGUGGUCUGCUGUUGAACCUCACACAGCGAACAUCAUGGCGGAAUUCAAGCAUCGUGGAGUCUUUGUCUGGAGCUUGCUGCUGACGUUACUGUACGCGGCAAACGCACAAUUGUCUUCGUGGGAGGAGGCAGGGGAGAAUUUUGUGGACCACUACUUUCAUAAUGACGUGCAGGACACAGUCCACGAUGUCGUAUCCCUCAGCGUUGGUGUGAUCAUUGCCAUCGUCGUGGGCUGUAUCUUGCUCCUGAUCUCAUGCAUUUGCUGCUGCUACUGCUGCUGCUGCAGGAGCCCUCCUCCAGCCCAGCAGACAGUCAUCGUCGCCCAGUCCGCACCAGCGGCCCAGUCCACCGUGGUCGUAGCUCAAGCUCCCCAGGCCGCGUACAACCCCCAGCCCAUGGGUCCACCGCCCAUGCAACCACCGGUCGGCUACGGGCAACCACAGGCGGGCUAUGACGGGCCGCCACCCUACCCGGGCCAGCAGACAGGAUACGGUUACGCUAAACUCUAAAUUUGCCACCCAGAGCUGCAUGCAUGUUAAUUUUACUCGUCUUCCAUUUGUAUAGCCACUUUAAUAUCCAUUUUUUGUGUCGCCCAAACGAAGUUUUGGUGGACACUCACCAGUCCUAAAUUCUGUAUGACCGUAUGUUUAAAGUUUAGGUUAAGUUUUUGAGAAACAUGUACAACUCUAUACUUUCAUGGAUUUUGCUGAAACUUGGAUGCGGCGACCCUUGGGUGGGAAGACACGGUUCGUCAUCGGAUUACUGAGGUCAAAGGUCAUGUAGGGGUCAUAAGAGGUCAUGGUUCAAAUCUUCUUCAAAUGUUUGUCUACAGAAUUUGAUGGAUUUUAAUGUUACUUGGAUGGAGCGAUCCUUAUGUGGGGUUCAUUACAACUCUUCCAAAAUUGGAGGUCAAAGGUCAUGUUGGGGUCAUUUUAGGUCGUUGUUUAAAAAUGCACAAAAUUGUGCUGACGACUUGUUAUAAGGAAGAGCUAAUUGGAAGAUAAAAAUGACAUAAAAAAGGAGCAGCUGAUUUUCGUUUAUGCCGGCAGUGUAGUUGACUGUGACAAUCAGUUGCCCCACCUGGCAAAACCAACUUUUUUGGGCUCAUGACUUUCUUGGUAACAAAAUCAAUCAGUCCGCGGAAGAGAUUUUUUUUUUUUUUUUAUUGUUUUGUAAUUUUGUUUUAGUCCCACAAUUGGU